AUGCCCUCAACACGUGAUCAGAUCUCAGAGGUGAGAAGUGUAGCCGACGUAGCAGUAAAACAAAUUUGGCUAGAUGACACCUUCGUGAAAGGCAUCGUUCAUAAGGUAUCUUCAGGUGUUCUCAAUUGCCUUAACGGUAGAUUUGAACAGUUUGAUACAAAACUAGACAGUCUACAAGAAAGUCUAACAAUCAUAAAAAAUAACUACAAACAAGAAAUAGCAGUUCUGAACAAUAAGGUCAACGAACUUGAAAAAGAGUUGGGGGAUGCAACUGGAAAUUCCCAAGAUGUGGUUCCUAACUUCAACAUUAACAACUUACAAAUAUCUUGCUUAGGAAAAAAUCUGGGAGACAGACCUCGUCCAGUGACAAUGGUUUUACCUAACCAUAAUGGCGUCGUUAGUCUACUCAAAGAUCUCUUGCAGAAGGCACGACAAAUCAAGCAAGUUCAGAACGAGGCCAGCGGCAUCUCAGAAACACAUUCAAUUGCCAAGCCCAAACCUCCAAAAUGUAACUUUUGUCACUAUAGAGGUCAUAUAGGUGAGGAAUGUUGUAAACGUGUAGCAAAAGUAGACACUAAAUCCACACCUACGCCGUCCCAACCUUCGAAAGCACAAGAAAAUAGACAGCCCUCAAGUUCAUCCAUUAGCUGUUAUAGCUGUGAAAAAGCGGGGUUUUUCAGGAGUAACUGUUCAAAUUGUUUCCAUAAGAAGACAUAUGUUUCCGCACAAGCAGUUCACUUCUAUGCUGUCAAUACCUGCUUGAUUCACUUCACCACACAGGUGCCAACAGUACCUGUCACUAUUUGUGGGAUUGAAGGUUAUGCGCACAUUGAUACAGCAGCGAAGACAAGUGUUGUGGGAUCAUCAGUGUAUGAACACUUGAAGGAUACCAGUAGCUGCAUACUCAAGAAAACCUUAGCUGAAGUUACAUUGGCUGAUGGGCGAGGACAACCUAGGGAGGUUUAUACAACCAAUACGAAAGUCAAGAUAGGUGGUAGAACAUUCACUAUAGACUUUGUCAUACUUUCAGAUGCCGAAGAUAACCGAACUCUGUUAGGGGUAGAUUUUCUGGAAGAAGCAGCGAUGAUUUUAAAUCUACCUCAAAGGUGCUGGCUUUUUGCUGAUAGUCCAGUUCAGUUCGAAUUAGUAAAUUUCGCGUCGUUAAUGCUAUAUUUGGAGAUAAACAUGCAGUGUUCUUUGUGA